CCGAAGUGAUAGAAUGACGUCAUGACCAAGCAGAAACGAUAAGAUAGUCGAAAAUCUAAAACUGUCUCUCUUUUCUUGUUAAAACAUUUUGUGACUUUUAAAAGUUGUUUAAAAUAUCAAAAAUGUCUUAUGCAUACCUUUUCAAGUAUAUUAUUAUCGGCGAUACAGGAGUUGGAAAAUCUUGUCUUCUUCUACAAUUCACAGACAAACGAUUUCAACCUGUUCAUGAUUUAACAAUAGGCGUUGAAUUUGGUGCUCGUAUGAUUACCAUUGAUGGAAAGCAGAUUAAGUUGCAAAUUUGGGAUACUGCUGGUCAAGAAGCUUUCCGUUCUAUUACGCGAUCGUAUUAUCGUGGAGCAGCUGGUGCACUUUUGGUUUAUGAUAUUACACGUCGAGAGACAUUUAAUCAUCUCACAACGUGGCUUGAAGAUGCAAGACAGCACUCCAAUUCAAAUAUGGUUAUUAUGUUAAUUGGCAACAAGAGUGAUUUAGAUUCACGAAGAGAAGUUCGAAGGGAAGAAGGCGAGGCUUUUGCACGUGAACAUGGUCUUGUUUUUAUGGAAACAAGCGCAAAAACUGCAGCAAAUGUAGAAGAAGCAUUUAUUAAUACGGCCAAAGAAAUUUAUGAAAAAAUACAAGAAGGUGUCUUCGAUAUUAACAAUGAGGCAAAUGGCAUUAAAAUUGGACCUCAACAUUCUCCAACCAGUCCCGGUGGAAUAGCGGGUUCCGGUGGACAAGGUAGUGCACAAGGAGGUGGUUGUUGCUAGGGGUUGGGAAUUGCUUGUCCACCAAUUCAUCCUUCAAUAAUUUGAACUGAUCAUCUCAUUCCUGCUCUUCGUUUUUUUUAUCCCUGACUGCUUAAGAUUUGUACAUUUCGUUUUUUUGGUUCGUAUUUGUUCCGAAGCAGUGAACAGCGAAGGAAAUAUUUAUUAUACUUUUAAAUAUUUACACUUUAUUGAAGUAGGUAAAUAUUAUCGAACAGGAGUGUUGUACAUCACACUACACGUAUGAAAUAAAGACUUAAUUUACAAGUUUAUAUAAUUAUCGAUUAUAGAAUGAAGGAAAAAGAAAAAAAAAACUAACAUUCUCGCUAGCAGUUGACGAAUUUAGUUCAUCAUAGCUCAAAGCGAAGAUGUAAAUUAGUUUUAAGUUUACAAAUUGUAAAACUGUUGCUAAAAACAAUUGUCAUUUCACAAUUUUAGUAAAGUCAUUAUCGACUCUAAUUUUUUAGUGAAUCAUGAAAAAUAAUAAUUUUUAGAAAAAUUCCUAAUCAUCUGUAAUAACAGAUUUAUGUCUUUUUUAAAUUACAAAUUUCACUAGCAUCAUUGUGCAUUUUCGAAGAGUUUAUUGCUCAUAAUUUAGUGACAGGUGAAAUAUAAAUUUAGCAAAUUACAAAGAUCAUAUAUUACAAAUAUAUAAUAUAUAUUCAUAUAUAAAUAUAUUCUAUUUGUAUAUAAUUGUAUGAAAAAAUUCAUUUUCUCGCUUGAAAGAAAAAAUUACGCGGACUGAUUUUCGAGCAGGAAUGUUAGUUCAAAUUUAUUCAUUAACUCAACAUUAUGUAUAUGUAUGUACUAUUGUUCUGUCUCAAAAUAACGAACAUACAUUAAAAAACGAUUAUCCAGUCGAUUUAAUGUAGAAGCCUAAUUACCGCUUAAAAAAAUGAAUGUUAAAGUUUAAAUGAAAUAUAUAAUUAAACUUUAUGGUAUUAGGCUUCUUGCAUUUGGAAUCAAAAAAAAAAAAAUUAAUUUUUCUCAUACAUAAAAUUUUACCUUCCUACAAAAAAUUUGAUCUUUAUUUUAAUUAAAAUACGACUUAUUGUUUAUUUUUAAUAUUCCACUGACUGGAUUGAAAAAAAUUAUUUACUUUUUUUUUAGAUAAAUUAGCCAAUUAAUCUUGUGUAUGUUUGUCGAAUUUUUAAGUGUAAAUUUUUUUGUUUUACAUAGUGUUGUGCAAAAAUAAUUUUUUGCUUCGUAUUUUCCAUGCAAAAGUAUGACGUUUUAAAACAAUAAAAAAUAAUUUUUAAUUGUUUUUAAAUACAUAAUGUAAUUUUAGAAAAUUAUUUCUUUUUUUAUUUCGAAUUUUUUUUUUCGAUUGUAAAAUUUCGUGUGAUGUUAAUUGGUAACAUUAUACUUUUGUAACGAGGGUGCGAUAUGGUCAGUAUCAUUAAUAGUCACUAGUCAAUGAAUAACAAAAUCGUUAUUCCUCAUUGCAACAAAAACUUAUAUACCAUGAAUUGUAUAAACUUUUAGUAAUAUAAAAAAAUAGAGCUAACGAACAUAAAUGAUUUUUUUUUUACAUUUUAAUUAUGAAAUUAUACUUUAUGAAACAAUAUUAUCACUCCACCAUCUGUAUUCAGGAAUCUCAAUCUUUAUGUGAAUCGGAAUAUUUUUUUUAUCAGUGAAUUUAUGUAAUUUUAUUAUUAAGUAAUAUACGUUCAUUUUUGCAAAGUGCA